GUGAUUUUUUCUUUUUCAAAAUGGCGGCCCACGCUGUCUUGCGCAGGAUGAAUGCCGUUUGGCCUGCAGAGUUCGUUUUUCUAUGAAGUCAGUUGUAGUACGUAUAUGCGCACGUGCUAGUUGUCAUUUAAAGCGAAGAAAAAGCGCUAGGUUGAACAAAGAUGCCCAAGCGGCCCCGCAAGUCCGAAACGGCCGUCCAGCGGGCCUCACCUCGAGUGGCCAAGCGCCAGACAUCGGACAUGAAGCCAGACGAGAACAGCAAUGCGGUGCGGAAGUGCGAGAAGGCUAGCUGCGGCGAGGCACGGCCCAGCUGCUUUGCAAGGACUUCCAAAAGAUGUUGCGGUGAUGGCUACACUUCAAGGUGGAACCAUAUUUCUUCCGAAGAGCACUUUUGCAACGAGUGCUUCGACUACUACUACCGGACCACUAAGCCUGGCUAUCAGGAGUACCUGCGGUGGCGACAACACUGGGGGCGCAAUGCCCGGGUGGAGGCUUCCCUGCGCUACUUCAUGGGGGACCAGAUCUUGCCCUUCUGGGCGCAGUGCACGCGCUGCCACAAGUGGAGGCGCCUCCCAAAGGGCGACGACCUCACGCCGGAGGUCGUCGAGACCUUCACAUGCAGCGACAUACCUACCUACGACGACUCUGAAUCCAAAAUCGAGGACUGCGACAUACCUGAGGAUCCCGACGCCUCGGCCGCCAUGCAACCGCUGUGGAUCUGUACCUUGACCCAGCCGCCGUUCCUCAUCUACUCGCCUGCCCAGCAGUUUCUGACGGACUAUUACGCCGAUGGAGUUGGGAUCAGUCCGUCAUUCAUCAGUGCAGAUGCACCAGAGAAAAUGGCAGCAAGACUGAGAAACGGACGCGAGACGAAUGGUGAUGACUGCUACAUUAAACCAGACCAGCUGUCUCGCCUGCUGCAGCCCUUCUACCGGCCCGGGGAACAGGGCAAGGCCCUCUGCUUCCAUCCGGACAUCAUGGAGACCUACGAGAUGGACGCUUUCCCGGAGUACGCUCGAGAGCAGGUGAUGUAUCUGGGGGUGCGUAACGUGAUCCUCUCGCUCUGGGCGCUGGACCCUUCCCGCUGGCUCUCCCUGGAGACGGUGUCCCGCCACCUGAUCUGCCGGGGCCUGGCACGCAUCCGCUGCAUCGUGGAAGCCAGGCGCAUCUUGCGCUUCUUCACGGCAAGGGGUCUCAUCAACCACGGCGCGCUGGUGCCCCCUGGAGGCUGUCUCUUGCCCCCAGCGUGUCUUCAGAAGAAUGUGCUCGUGGUGGGGGCAGGCCCGGCGGGACUGGCGGCUGCGCGCCACCUGCACAACCUGGGCGUCAGGGUGACGGUGCUUGAAGCCAGCCACCAGGUCGGGGGCCGGGUGCGCGACGACACCUCCCUCGGGGUCUGCCUGGGCAUGGGAGCCCACAUCGUGACCGGGGUCACCAACAGUCCGCUAACCACGCUGUGCAUCCAGACCGGUCGUCCGAUGCGCCUGAUCCGCGACCACUGCGACCUCUACACGACCAAGGGACACAUGGUGGCUUCCGACAGGGAUCAUCGCGUCGAAUUCCACUUCAAUGCCAUGCUUGAUGCAGUCGCACAGUGGCGGCUCGGCCAGACGAAGGACGCUUGCCUCUACGAUAAGCUGACAGAGAUGCACGAAAGAUUCCUGGAGGAGACCCACCUGACAUUCACUGAGGAGGAGAACAACGUGCUCCAGUUCCACCUGGGGAACCUGGAGUACGCCUGCGGGGCACACCUGCGGGAGGUGUCGGCCCUGCAGUGGGACCAGAACGAGCGGUUCCCCCAGUUCAGCGGCCAGCACGGCUUGGUGCCCGACGGCUUCCUGGCGCUGCUCCAGUCGCUCGUGCAGGGGCUCGACGUCCGCCUCGGGCAGCAGGUGACUCACGUGGAGUACAGCGAAGAUGACGAGAAGGUGAAGGUGUUCACCCACGGUGAGGGGAAGUUCACGGCCGACUUUGUGCUGCUCACCCUCCCGCUGGCACUGAUGCAAGCGGGGGAAGUCACCUUCACGCCCCCGCUGCCUGACCGCAAGCACAGGGCACUAGAGCAGCUUGGCGCUGGCGUCAUCGAAAAGGUGGCCCUCCAGUUUCCGAAGGCGUUUUGGGCCGACCGCGUGACCGAGGCAGACUUCUUUGGGCACGUGCCAGUGUCUGCAGAGCGGAGGGGUCUCUUCAGCGUCUUCUUUGAUCUCAGUCCCAGGGUGCAGACCAAGAAGAGCCCCACAUAUGUACUGAUGACAUAUGUAAGCGGAGAUGCCAUCGCACUGAUUGCGGAUAAGACAGAUGACCAGGUGGUGACAAUGUGCAUGGAAGUGCUGAGGGGCAUCUUUGCUGACCAGGACGUCCCAGACCCGACGGGCUUCCUGGUGACUCGCUGGAGGGAGAGUCCCCACGCCCGGAUGGUCUACAGUUACGUCAAGUGCGGGGGUACCGGAGACGCUUACACGGCCCUCUCGGAACCCGUGAACGACCGCCUCUUCUUCGCGGGAGAGGGCACCAACCGCAUGUUUCCACAGACGGUCAGCGGUGCGUACAUGAGUGGUCUGCGAGAGGCCUGGAACAUUCUGUCGCGCAUGGCCGUGGGCAAAGAGCCAGACCUACUGCUGCAGGUCUAGGCACCGAAGAUUUUCCCGGUCCCUCCAUCACCCAUCACAGUUACUUCAAUGCCUUCCAGCUACGCAAACCCUGCGAAGUGCAAGACUUUGGUGUUUUGGUGAAACGUUUCCAAGCCAGCCAAUAAGUUUGUAGGCUGCAUCCCUGUGCGGCCAUUGUGAAAAAAACGUUUUGUUGAUUGGGUACUGAAAAUUUCAUGCGUUAGAAUGGUUUCUACGUUUGUAGGUGGUGUCAAGAUGACGUAAGGAGUAUAUAUUGUUCUGUGGUCAACCGGUGAUUGCAAGCUUUUUUUUUUUCUCGUGUGCUGAAGACUAUAGAAAACUGUUUAGCAACUUCAUAAAAUUGUGGAUAGAUAGUUUAAACAAACUAAGUCGUUAUGUGGCAGACAGGACUUCUCUCAAACAAAUUUUAAUGCCAAAAUAAAAAGGAGGUUGCUUCUUCGGCAGACCAAACUUGAGAACUAAAACUACUUGAGAAAUCUGUAUUUGUUUCAUCAACACGAGUCUUGUACGCACAAGCAUAAAUAUUAUAUGAGUCGGAAAACAAUUAUCAAUCAUAAAUAUUAGCAGUUGGAAAAAGAGAAUGGCACUGUAUUUUUAAGAUGGCCACCAGGAGAUUGCAGCUUUGAACAAUGUAGAUGUGCCCAAAAGACUGGUGUGGGCAGUGCCAACAAAGUGUUCUCUCCCAGCGUCCAGCUGUUCUUGUAUUUUGUGAUUGACACCACUGUGUCUAACCGAAUUCAAGUGCUGCGAAAUGUUUGGAGUCUUGCAGAGUGCAUUGCUGUGGGCUGCUACUUCAUAUGGCAACAACUUAAGUAGCAAACAUUUGUUUUUCUCGUCUUUCAAGUUGUCUUGUUCGUCUGUUUUUUGUUUUCAACCUAGGUAAUACUCUGUAAAUUUCGUACCCAUGGUAGUUCAUCUUGUACAUACCUCGUAAACAUGCAUGCUCGUUUGUCAAAUCUUUGUACUAUAGUGAGUACUCUUUGGAAGUAUUUGUCCACUGUAAACUUUUCCAGUGUUUAUUUAAUUUCUUGAGAUUUUCACAUAUACAUGCAUAGCUACAUUUUGCUUGUCUUAGCUUAAAAGCAACCUUAAUUAGUGCAUUAAUUUUAUGACCUUACACCAAAUGCAUUCCUUUGUGAAGACCACCAGUGAAGUUGCUUCGUUAGACACUUUUCAGAAGUUUCCCAAAUUUUUGACUCAUAGAGAAUGUAACUAAAACAACAGAAUUCAGUAUGAACAUUCCCUUCUUACUACUGAUUUUAAGAAAGAAAAAAAAAAAAAAAAAAGCUUAUGAGUAGAGGUACAUCUUACGAGAAAACAUGUCAUGCUUUAUGCCAAGGUACUUCAUACAAAUUUGUGCUGUAUUGAUUUGCGCAUGCACAUCUGCCCGAUGUUUGCCUAGCAUCUACCAGAGCAUACCCAGGGAGUGCCCACCCACUUUCAGUGAAAACUGGGUUAAUCUAGACAUGUCGCUUGUCUGGUCAAAUCUGGCAGCUAACAUAUAAUUUGCAGAAUUCCCAAGUUUGGGAAAUGUUAAUAGUAGUGGGUGCUUGAACGAAGUGGGUUACUGCUGCGAUAUUUUACGGUAAUUUUGUUUUUAUUGUAUCGAAUCUCUUAGUGCUGCGAUGCCUUCUGUCCAAAGACUAGGCGAGGCAGAAUUCCAUUGCCCGAGAAGCCAAAACAGUUGCGUUGUGUAUUUAUACUUUGUCAGGCCAUGGUAUUCUCUGUGGAAACAUGUUAUUUGCAGGAGAGUGUCCUUUUCUUGUUCUGUUGUAAAUAAAAACUGAUUGUAGCUGCUCAAAAA